CUGAGGUUGAAGUUUUAUCGUUUAUUUGUUGAACAACAUGGCCAAAGUUAAGUGCGUGUUGGUUUCUUUGGCCGUCUUAUUUUAUUGCUGCGAGGCAUCAAACGUGACACAGUGUUACUACUGCUCCGAUGACACGAGCUGCAACGACCCAAUGGACAAAGACGUCGUCCGAAAGGUGGACUGUAACACCGGACAACUAACUUCCUAUUUUACAAGCGAGUUCGACCCCAGAAUAGAAUUCUUUCCGAGUUUCGAAUAUGGUUGCAUGAAGAUUGUUGUUAAAAAACAUUACGGAUCAAAUGAAACCGUUACAACGAGGAGUUGUUACAUAAAAGGCAUGCCCUUGAUGCUGUCGAAGCUGGUGGACGUCAACACGUGCCACGACGACCUGUGCAACGGUGGCAACCACACAAACAUCCCCCAUUUGUUUUGGAUCAUCCCCUGUUUAGUGCUACUCAAAUACCUGCACCACUGACAACUUAGUCUUCGAUCUUUGUCGCCGGAGAGGACAGCGGAAAAUUGAUUUCCAGUCUUUUGUGACCGGGCCCUUUGAUUCCGACCAUACGCGGAUUAUUUUUUUAAUUUCGAACGUCCGACGUCGAAUUAACGGGCGACAAAUAUUUUCGGCAUUCACUUUUUCCCUGUUUCUCUGUCUCUUUCAUGAAAACAGCUUUUUGAUGUCAUUGGUGGAUUGAAACAAAAUCCCCGACAAUAUUUAUUAUAUAUUACUACGUAUGUAAUUCCCCAUCAUCACUAAAUAAGUGUCCUUCUGCAAUUUUUAUCAAUAUUUAUCCAUAGAAAUUAUACAAAUAAAAAGAUAAAUACGAUAAGUCUAACACUGAUCCUAUUAUAUUUUGUAACACAAAUGCCUUCGUAUUUCAGUUGAAUUUUAUAUUUCAGUAAAAAUGGUUAUCGACAAAUUUGUGUUAGUUUUCUGUGUUUUAGUUUGUUGUUGUGUAUCUUUAAAUAUAACCGAAGAAACUGGAUUAACAGUAUUUAAAAAUCUUAUAAGGUCUAAAAGACAAACCUCUAGAGCAACCAAUACAAAGUGGUCCGGAAAAAAAAUACCUAAGAGUGCGCAUGCAAAACCAUGUACUGCUGCGGAAGCCGUCCAAUCUGGAAUAGACCUCUAUGAUACCGGAAAAGAUAUUUAUUCAGACCUCAAGAAAUUAAAAAGCAAAUUUAAAUUUUUCAAAUCGUCGAACGUAACGAAAUGUUACUUUUGCACUGCCACUCCGGCAUGUAACGAUCCAAUCGACGAAGAUGAAGUCGAAAUAUUGGAAUGCAACAACAACAGAUACGAUCAGACCCACCUUAUAAACACUCAUGCAAUAUCAAAUCCGGAAUAUGGAUGUUACAAAGUUGUGGUCAAAGCACACGAGGACAUAAUCGUCACGGCCAGGGGUUGUAUUAUAAAAGGUGCACAAACUAUAUUAGUUAACAAUAUUGUGGCAAUAAGCACGUGCAACGAAGAUUUGUGCAACUCUGGAUACCGUCUAAAGAUUUACCAUCUACUUUGGAUCACCACCAGUCUUCUGUUGACUCUCAGUCAUUUUGGACCUCUUUCUUUUCUCUAGUUUUUAAUAAAAUAAUGUAAUAAACAGUCAUGAACACUUUGAGUUGUCCUCAACACUUCCCU